UCUUGAGGGCAGGGAGGGCAACGAGGAGCUACGGCAGAAGUUUGAGAGGGCUAAGAUUGGUCCGAGCACCAAGAACACAGAAGGCUCGGCCUCCAAGUUCGACUCCAACGGGAACAGAGACCGCAUGAAGCUGUCUGACUUUAACUUCCUGAUCGUGUUGGGCAAGGGAAGCUUCGGCAAGGUGAUGCUAGCAGAACAUAAGGACAGAGAGGAGCUGUACGCCGUAAAGAUCCUGAAGAAGGACGUGGUGAUUCAGGAUGAUGAUGUGGAGUGCACCAUGGUGGAGAAGAGGGUCCUGGCCCUGUCUGGGAAACCUCCCUUCCUCACACAGCUUCACUCCUGCUUCCAGACCAUG